AUGUAUGAAGGAGGCAAGUCGAAUCCCAGCCAAAGCCCCAUCGUUCCGGGGUCUAGAUGCUCUGAGGACGAUGGCGUCGAGUCCCGUACACCACGAGGCUCGCCACAACCAUACCUCGAUCCUAGCCCGAAUAGGCGCGGAUUUUGGAGACGGGGGUCUCAACCUCGGUCACAGCAGGCAGGGGCAAUUUCAAAACUGGUUAAAACUUCAGUCUGGCCAGUGUCCCGGGAGAUCACCGAGGCCGUGAACCCGACCUCUCCCAUGGAAAGCCCCAAACCUCUCUCAGCUCUGUCCCGGGUCGAGAUGUCGGAAAAGUUGAAGGCACUCCUCAUGGCCCAGUUUUCUACAACAUAUCAUAGUGUAUCCCUUGAGCAGACGCGGACGAGGCGUCGUAGUUUCGUCAGGGGGCUUUUGGGACCAUCUGGAUCGCCUACGAAGCCAGAAUCCAUCUCAGAGCCGUCUCGAGCUCUCCCAUCCCUAUCUCGAGGCCGGGCCAAGGGCGAAAGCGCUGAUCCGGCCGAGAGAUGUAUCUUGCCGAUUACUUGCACGCCCGAGGCUUCAUACGAGACUUCAUACGAGACACCUCAAGAGCCACAACAUAAUCGACAUGGGCCACCAGAACCCUUUUUCAUUCCAAAGUUCCUGAAGAUGGGGAUUAAACAGAUCACCAUUACAGUUGGCACCACCCUCGAUGCUCCCCAUAGUCAGGUGCAGGCCUAUGUUAUUCCAGACCUGCCUCAUUCACUCAUCAGCAGUACUUUGGUCUCCGAUCUACGUAUCAGUACCGACCAUACAUCCCAGGAUAUCCAUAAGCAACGGUCUCAAGCCAUGAUAAGAUGUGCGAAAGUCCAUAUCUUUCUUGAUGAAAGGCCCUCCUGUCUGAAGAUGGAAGUCCAAGUGUGGGAAGAUACUGCGCCACAGGUUGUCCUAAGCACCAUAUGCUUGGGUGCUUCCAAGUCCAGGGAACCCCUCUGGUUGACACCAGACCACCACCAAAUGAACGAGGGUCGAGAAAGGUUGCAACGUCAAACAACACCAAAGUCUCCGUCUUCCGAGGCGGUGGGUGCUCUGCAAGAUCUAAUAUUUGAAGCUGGGACAGAUCGCCAGCACGUUAAGGGCUCUACCCCUCGUGAAGUCCAUGCAGAGAAUGGAAACAGAUCGAGGGCUCCGAGAGACCAAAGCUCUGAUCGCAGUUCUCACUCUGCGCCAUCCAAUCAUUCCAGAAGCCACCGCCAAGAUGCAGACUCCAGACCAGACCCCCCAUCUCCGAACACGCCAGACUCGCCAGGCUCGACGUCUGCUGAUGAAAUUUCGGAUCCGGAUACCGAGAUGGAUGGGGAUCUAGUGACACAAACCGAUGAGGCUUGUGAUCUGAUCCUUAGGCAUCUAUAUGGAAAGACGCUCAAUGAUGUUAAUCAACGUGCAGAGCUCUGGGAAAGGAUGUACCUGUGUGUCACGGAGAUCAGCCGUUUGAUGAAAAGGGAAAGUUGUUUUGCAUACAAUUUACUCUCCGGUGCGGUCGUUAACGCCACUCAUCACAGUCAAGGAGAGUGUUCUAACACUUCGCACUGCCAGACAGCUUCAGAAACACCGGCAAAAAGUGGUGCUGGGAAUCCCAGAAAGAGGAGUUCAGGAGCCAGAUCCAGGGAAUCAGGCGAAGGUCAUAUGAAUGAGGAUGAGGAUGAGGAUGAGGAUGAAGGGUGCCCCAGAAAGAGAUGUAACACACGAAAAGGGGGAUCUGGAAAUCAGAGCCAGCGGUACAGCUGCCCAUUCCGCAAGAGAAACCCGUGGAGGUUCAAUGUUAGGGACAAGCGUUAUCGUACCUGUGCUCUCGAUAGUUUUGAGGGCAUGACGAGUUUGAAGCGUCAUAUUAGAAAUUUCCAUGGGAAUAGGGUGCUCAACCGGGGUUACCGGUGUUACCGCUGCCACAAAGACUUUGCAACGGGUAACGAACUUGGGACACAUCUUAAUCUGCCAGCCAACCAAAUGUGCGAGCCAAGAGCCCCAGAUAAUGUUAAUACGGACCCGGAAGAUGGGAUUACAGCAGAAAUCGACAACAUAUUGGCUGCUCGCAACGAUAAGAGGGUGCAGGACUGGGAUAAGCUCUGGGCCACCUUAUUCGGCAACGGAGAUGAGGUUAGAAGCUCGGUAUUCGAGCCCCCAGUUGAGGCCAUUGAGGCUCAUGUCGACUUUCAGAACGAUUUUCACGUCCUCCGACAAGGGCUUACAACCGUCAUGGGGUCGGACCUAUCGGAGUUCCACAGUCAAGCUUUCGAACAAGCUAGGAGUUUUAUUGACACGUCGUUCGAUAAGAGUCGGAAGUCAACCAAAAUGCGGAGGCCGUCUUCACCACCAGCACAAAUUCGGCUGCUAGCGCCGACCGAUAACCUCAAUCCCAUCUUAGGGUGGCAACGGCAACACCUACCGCCCGGGCCGGUCGCGAGCAUACCCUCCUCGUACGGCACAAAUGAGUCCGAGGGCUCGUUUAUCCACAUGUCCGGCUCCGGCCACUCUUCAGAAGUCAGUUCCUCUGCUGAGGCUGUGAACUCGGGUAUUGUCGUACCAAGAAUGAUUAUCUCUCAACCUAAUUCUGUUGAGUGCAUGGACCCGAUGCGAUUGGACAGCCAGAUAGACAAUUUUAUGCUUGCUGAAGGGUUUCAUCCGAAUCCACUGGGAACCAGCGGCACCGAUGAUGAAAUGCCUGUCUACGAGGAUGAUUCCUUGCAAUUUUCGAUGGUUGGCACUUUUGGAGAAGAUCACUCUAACUAG